UGCAGAGACCCACUGAGGAAAUUCCCAGUGCGCGUGCAGGAUAAAGCGGGAAUGGAUCUCACGCACAAACCUUCGUUCACAUUGAUGUCGGUGGAAUAUUAAAAUAAAAUCAGAAAAAUGACGCAAUAUGCUCUAGGAGUCCACCUGCAGAUUCUGCUGGCAGUGGGUCUGGGAGUGUUCUGCUUCUGCCUGGUGCUGGGCUGUCUACUGUGUUGGCGGAGAGGGAAGUAUCAUCCACCAGAGGACAAAGAGGCUCCACUGUCCCCUUCCUCAGGCACGUGUGAACGGGUCACCGUGACCCUGACCCCCUCCUCUGGCACCUUACCCAUCAAGCAGCAGUAUGAGGAGCUAGACGGGGAUGUCCUGGACCUCCCCUCCCACAAUAGCAGCUCCUGCCCCUCUGAGAAUGACCUCACCACCCUGCCCUUUGAACCUUGCCCCCGGUCGUCCUCCUCUGAGCUGAGGUCCUCCCCCAGGUCCUGCUUCCCCAUGCGUCGCCUCAGCACCCCGGUUGUGUCCUCCUCCUCCCACUACAAGCCUUCAGGCCAUGGCCGCGCCUCCCUGCCCUCCAUCCCCAAACUGGGCCUAGUCUCCAAGACCCGUCGGGCGCUGGAACGCCGCUACUCCGUGAACGGUGACAACUUCCUGUACAGCGAACAGAGCCGCCUGACCAGCCCUCGCAGUGCCAUGCACCCUCCUGGCCCUCAGAGGGAGCUGUCCCAGCCACAGUAUGGCUCCAGCUCCAGCUCCCUAUCCAUCCCCACCAAGCCUGCUCCUCUCCUACACUUCUCCCUACUCUUUUCCCCGGCACGGGGCACUCUGACCACCAACAUCAUGGGCCUGCCUGGGGCGGCACGGCGGCGCAGUGGGGUGUUCGUACGAGCCAGCCUGCCCCCGCUCUGCCCCUCACCCCAGCAGGGGGCAUCUCGGCGGCCCAGCCUCAGCCCAGAGAUACAGUGCCAGAGCCUUGUGCUACAGGUGGGCUCUGUGGAAGAGCUCCGCGCCUGCACCCUCCGGCUGGCUGUGUUCAGCAGGGACUUCUCAGGCCUGAGAGAGACAGCGCUGGGAGAGCUGGAGAUGCCUUGUGGGGAGAUGGACUGGGAGCCCGACAUAACUGUCACCUACACCAGGGAGCUCACCCCCACCAGGAGUAGGCUGAAAAGGAGUAUGAGUUCCCAGGAGACGUUGGGUCGUAGGAAGAGUUCGCUCGGUGCUGCUCCACGGGCCCUGGGUCAGCUCUUCAUUCUGCUGCAGUACCAGACACUGGCCCACCGCAUCAAGGUGAUGGUCCGCAAGGCUGAGAACCUGGCCAAACUCUCCCGGAUGCCAGGAGCAGCAGAUCACUACGUAGUCAUCAACCUGCGUCAGGAUGGGAAGGUGAUCAGUACGAAGGAGACCAAAGGGGCGGGGGGACACAACGCCGUGUGGAACGCUCCCUUUCUCUUUGACCUGCCUGUUGGUGACAUCACUCAGCUGCCUCUUGCUCUGGAGUUCAUCAUCAUGCAGGGGCGGCUCUACACGAAGAGCAGCAUGCUGGGCCGUGUGUUGAUUGGCUGCGAGGCCCCAGAGGCAGGACAGGGACACUGGAGGGACAUGUGCAGUCAGGGACAGGUGGAGACAGCGUACUGGCACCCCAUCGCACCAGAAGUCGUUUAGGACUUUAUAGCUGACCUUAUGGAGGUGUCAGGAGGGUCAGGACGUUGCUGGAGAGAGGACAGGUGAUAGAGGGCUUGCCAGACUAAUGGGACACGCACAAAGGACGAACAGCAAAUGGACUAUCGGUGAUGGUACCUGAAAACAUAUUGUGACGUCAUUGCUUUUAGACUUGUAGUAUCUGAUACUUACUGUUCCACACUGCCCUAACAGUGAGAUACAGGCCACAGGACUGACUGCCACUACGGCUGUAUGAUACCAGUUGCAUGGAUUUGUGUUAUGUGUUGGUGCUGUUUGUAUCAUAGAGGACAAUCUGUCAGUCCCACACAUCUUUAAAGCUGGAAUCCUUCAUUGAAACUACAGCAAAGCGGCUGCCCCACCUGUGUUUUGGUAAAAAGCUGGGGGAUGAGCUUGGAGAAAGAUAAUCACUCUCAAAUUCAUAGCCAGGACUGAACAUCCAUGAUAUCAAAAUUAUAGUUUUAACCAUGUUUUUCAGGCUAUACAGUGUUUGUUUGCAUUUACAUCGUUGACAAACGUUGGAGUUAAACAAGCUUGUAUUUUGGGUUCUGAUGGAGUAGGACUGUUUAAAUAAGCUCAUGGGGCAUUUACAAGUUAUAUUUUUCAAGAAUCAAUGGGUAUACUGUAUCAUUAAUUCCAAAGUCCAAAGAUGGGUGUAGCAACUAAGGAUUCCAGCUUUAAUGACCAUUGUCUGAAUUCUUAAGUCAUGGCCAAAACACAGUCAUGGCCAAGUCAUGGCCAAAACACUUCUUGAGUCAUGGCCAAAACACUUCUAAUCGUGGUUUAUUGUGACGUUCUGUGUCAGUAUUUGUCCUCAGCAUUGAUCUCUGCUUGCUUUGUUUGUGUUUUUCUCUUGUGGUACUUGUGGUCUGUGCUACUUGCAUGAUUGGGACCUUUGCCAGACAUUAGCGUGAUUGAAAAAGUGAUCAUCAUGCGCCAUACUCAUGAAGACAGGAGUCUGAAAAGCCAUUUGCGUACAUCAAUCAGCCAACAAUUGAUGACUGUAACUGUGUAGGCAUUCCUUUUAAGGGACUUAUAGUGUACACAUUAUGUCAUGGGACUUUCAUUUAUUUUAAUCAGCAUUGAUAAAUGGAAUGCCUGUCUUGUAUUGCUAAAACUCCAUAUUUAUGCUUUUUAACAGAGAAAGCUCUCACAGUUGACAUGUGUCUCUGAAUGAUAUUGAUGUGAUGAAGAUACCAUAUGUUCUGUCAUAUUUAUAGAUAGUAUAUGUUCCAUGCACUAGAAUAUUACAUGCACCUAUUACAAACAAAAUACCACAGUUGACUACUGGAGUAAAAUGCCUGAUAUGGAAAGACUUGUAGAACUCAAUCUUCAGUCGUUGUUUCUUAUGUAGUGCUGAUGGCAUGUCUUUUGAUGGUUAUAAAUAUCCAUAUGUAGCAAUGUUGCUGCCGUCCCUCUCCUUGCUCCAACCUGGGCUCAAACAAGGGACCCUCUGAACACAUCAACAACUGCCUCGCACAAAGCAUUGUUAGCUAUCGCUCCAAAAAAGCCAUGACGUUUGCAGAGAAAGGGAAACAACUACUUCAAGGUCUCAGAGUGAGUGACGUCACCGAUUGAAAUGCUACUGGAGUGCAUCGCUAACUAGCUCGCCGUUUCACACUGGUUACACAUAGAUUGAGUUUAAAGAGCAAAGAUGAUGUAAUCCAACACCUAGGGUGCUCUUACGUCAUGAUUGACGGUUGUUCAGAGAGACAUCACAAUGUGUAAAUAAAUGUGGGAUAUUUUUGUAUCUCUGAGGAUUAGUCAGCAGAAAAGAGAUUUUCUCUCUUAAUUCCCUGCAUAAAACUAACCCAAUUAGUUGGUCAGCUCUGCUGCCCUUUCUACUACAGUACGUACGACCCCCACACUGUCGUAGUUCCGGAUAUCAAUUUAUAGCUCAAUCACUUACAGUGUAUUUGGAAAGUACUCAGACCCCUUAAUUUUUUCCACAUUUUGUUAUUCUAAAAUGGAUUUAAAUAAAGUAAUCCUCAUCAAUCUUACACACAAAAUUCAGACCCUUUUCUAUGAGACUUGAAAUUGAGCUCAGGUGCAUCCUCUUUCCAUUGAUCAUCCUUUAGAUAUUUCUACAACUUCAUUGGAGCCCACCUGUGGUAAAUUCAAAUCAAAUCGUAUUUGUCACAUACACAUGGUUAGCAGAUGUUAAUGCGAGCGUAACGAAAUGCUUGUGCUUCUAGUUUCAACAAUGCAGUAAUAACCAAUGAGUAAUCUAACCUCUAACAACUCCACAACUACUACCUUAUACACACAAGUGUAAGGGGAUAAAGAAUAUGUACAUAAAGAUACAUAAAUGAGUGAUGGUACAGAGCGGCAUAGGCAAGAUGCAGUAGAUGGUACAGAGUACAGUAUAUACAUAUGAGAUGAGUAAUGUAAGGUAUAUAAACAUAAAGUGGCAUAGUUUAAAGUGGCUAGUGAUACAUGUAUUACAUAAAGAUGCAGUAGAUGAUAUAGAGUACAGUUUAUACAUAUACAUAUGAGACGAGUAAUGUAGGGUAUGUAAACAUUAUAUUAAGUGGCAUUGUUUAAAGUGGCUAGUGAUAAAUUUUUACAUCAAUUUCCAUUAUUAAAGUGGCUGGAGUUGAGUCAGUAUGUUGGCAGCAGCCCAUCAAUGUUAGUGGUGGCUGUUUAACAGUCUGAUGGCCUUGAGAUAGAAGCUGUUUUUCAGUCUCUCGGUCCCUGCUUUGAUGCAGCUGUACUGACCUCGCCUUCUGGAUGAUAGCGGGGUGAACAGGCAGUGGCUCGGGUGGUUGUUGUCCUUGAUGAUCAUUAUAGCCUUCCUGUGACAUCGGGUGGUGUAGGUGUUCUGGAGGGCAGGUAGUUUGCCUCUGGUGAUGCGUUGUGCAGACCUCACUACCCUCUGGAGAGCCUUACGGUUGCGGUGAUACAGCCUGACAGGAUGCUCUCGAUUGUGCAACUGUAGAAGUUUGUGAGCGCUUUCGGUGACAAGCCAAAUUACUUCAGCCUCCUGAGGUUGAAGAGGCGCUGCUGCGCCUUCUUCACAAAGCUCUCUGUGUGGGUGGACCAAUUCAGUUUGUCCGUGAUGUGUACGCUGAGGAACUUAAAACUUACUACCCUCUCCACUACUAUCCCGUCGAUGUAGAUAGGGGGGUGCUCCCUCUGCUGUUUCCUGAAGUUCACAAUCAUCUCCUUUGUUUUGUUGACAUUGAGUGUGAGGUUAUUUUCCUGACACCACACUCCGAGGGCCCUCACUUCCUCCCUGUAGGCCGUCUCGUCGUUGUUGGUAAUCAAGCCUACCACUGUAGUGUCGUCCGCAAACAGUGCAGUAAUAUCUAACAAUUCAUAACAAUAAACACAAUACACACAACCUAAAAGUAAAAGUAUAAUAAUGGAAUGAAUAUGUAAAUAUUAGGAUGAGCAAUGUUGGAGUGGCAUAGACAAAAAUACAGUAGAAUAGAAUACAGUAUAUACAUAUGAGAUGAUGCAAAAAUAUGUAAACAUUAUUAAAGUGACUAGUGUUCCAUUAUUAAAGUGGCCAGUGAUUUCAAGUAUAUGCAUAUAGGACAGCAGCCUCUAAGGUUCAGGGUUACGUAACCGGGUAGAAGCCGCGUAGUGAUAACUAUUUAACAGUCUGAUGGCCUUGAGAUAGAACCCGUUUUUCAGUCUCUCCGUCCCACACACCUGUCUAUAUAAGGUCCCACAUUUGACAGUGCAUUUCAGAGCAAAAACCAAGUCAUGAGGUCAAAGGAGUUGUCUGUAGAGUGCCGAGGCAGGACUGUGUCGAGGCCAGUGGUGACCCGACAUUCAGGGCAGGUGUGGCAGAGAGCUUCUUGAGUAAGGCAGCUCCAAAAUGCAGGUGUUUCAGCCUAACUCAGCACUUUCUGUGGUGGUGGGGCAGCCAGCGGAAAAUACACAGCGUAGGGGUUGGUAAUCUUCUCUGGUUGCGCCAUGGUUGGCUCAGUGUCCUGUCACUCAUGGGGACACUACGUCACUGCCAAAUCUAAGGGUAGAGCUUGAAAAUUCAAGCCCCUUUGGUGCUGCCAUAGAGUUACAUUAGAAGUGACCAUCCAAGAAUGCUCAAGGUCAUUUGCCACAGAUAAAAUGACGUCAAAUCACGUUAUAUCUACAGUAGCUUUGAUUGGACUGAUCAUGUCAACGUCAUACUUUCAAAAUCUUAGCUAGCAGUCAUCAUCAUGAAUCAAGUCAACAAUCUACUGACAAAUACUUUUUAAUUCUUGUAAUAUGAAGAGAAAUUAUGGAUAAAACGUAUAGGUGCUCAUCUGCCAUUGGACAUAAACAUUACACAGGUUGGAAAUCGCAAAUUCAUCAAUAAAUGGUUUGGAAGGAAUGUGCAAAGGAAUGUGCAAAGGAGUGUGCAAAGGAGUGUGCAAAGGAGUGUGCAAAGGAGUGUGCAAAGGAGUGUGCAAAGCUGUCAUCAAAACAAAGGGUGGCUACUUAGAAGACUCUAAAAUCUCAAAUCUAUUUAGAUUUGUUUAAUACUAUUUUUGGUUACUACAUGAUUCCUUCCAUAUGUGUUAUUUCAUCAUUGUGAUGUCUUCACUAUUAUUCUACAAUGUAGAAACGAGUAAAAAUAAAGAAUAACCCUUGAA